AUGCAUUCAUUGAACAAGCAAUUGAAGGAAAUUCGAAUUUCCACUGCCGAAUCGCCGAGCCAAGACAGAGUUUUGAAGAGUUGCGAAGUCACAGGCAAGCUGGCGCCGGCGACAAUUAAGAACGCAAGAACGGUCGAUGUGAUCACCAACUUCUGGUCGAUUCAAAUCGAGAAAAACACAAUCGUAUACAGAUAUGAUGUUGGAAUCGAGGUAUACGGAGUCAACAUCCGGUACGAAGGUUCGCAGAAACGCGAAAAACCAUUCACGGCGUCUUUAAUUGGACGCAAAACAGACGACUGUCUGGCUACAGAAAGACACAAAAUUUGUCAGGCAGUCUUAUGGAAGGCCCUCGACACACAUCGAGUCAUCAAAGAUGGCACUGCCCGAGUUUACGACUGCGCCAGCUCGCUCUACACGUCAAACAGAAUCGACGCAUUCGAUUCCGUGAAAACCAUGCAGAUGUCAGUGGCCGUCGGCGACCUUCCAAAAUCCAUCCAAAAUCUGAUUCGCCACUCAAAUCCGAGCGAGUUCAUGGUUACGAUCGUGCCGAACGCGAGCAUCCCUUAUUUUGAUAUUUCGGAUUUUUCCAACGAAAUUCCGAAAAAUGUGGCAGAAACGAGCAAGAUUGUGACCAACUUUCUGAAUCUUCUUACCAGCCAAUCGGCUCGCGACCGCGGACUAACGGUGUUCGGAAAUGGCUGCGUAUUCGACAUGUCAAGACCAGCGCGUGACAAACGGAAUGGGCAGGAAGAACGCGAUGGCGCGAAUAAAAGCAUCAUGUUCAUCGAAGGAUGUCCGAAUGCAAGGGUCCGGAAUGAUGGCGACACGACGCCGGCGCUCAUUCUCGAUGGUCUGAAAUUCGAACCAACUUACGACAAAAAGUCGUACACCUGCGUCGGGCUAACCAGAUUCCCAAUGUCCGAGGUCAAAUUCGAAUACGACGGAAAUCAAAUAACCCUUAUUGACUAUUUGGUCCGUGUUCUCAACGUAAGUGGUCCGUUCAAUGAAAAUCUGCCGGCGGGACGUGCAUUAAUUGACGGUGACAAGGUAAGCGAUUGGACAAUCUCUCGCCAAUCGGAAGACCGAAUUCAGAAACGCGAGGUGAUGUUCUUCGCACUCGAGACAAUUAGAUUGCUUCCAUAUCAACGCGUUCCCAACGAGAAGCAGCUUGAGAAACCGAAACCGAUUCCACCCGGAAUUCGUUACAGCCAAAUUCAAAAAUUGCUGCACGAUCUCAAUUUAGACGCUGGCGGUGCUAAUAAUAAAUAUUUGAAAAUGUUUGGUGUCACAAUUUCGGCAAAUCCCAAGAUAGUGACGGCCAUCCAACGAGAAGCUCCCAUCAUACGUCGCAAUGAACAAAAGUUUGUUCGUGGGGCUUCUUGUUCCACUAUCGUUGUGGCUCAUGAUAAUCAGAAAAGUGUUGCCAACGACUGCUUGAAUUCGCUCAGCGAUGGCUGCAAACGGACAGGCAUUUCGGUAGACAAGUGGAUCAUCGAGGAUAUAAGUGCUUACAAGUUGGGCACCGAUUAUUACGAGACCCUCACGCGCCUGAUCACCAAGUGCAGCAAAAAAUAUAAAAUUGGCUUGAUCAUAUUCAUCGAUGAUUUGGACAAUAAUUCGCACGACGGGCUGAAACUCGUCGAGAGGAAGUUUGUCAUUCCAUUCCAGCAGCUCACAACGGAGAUUGUGCUCGAGUUAACACAGAAACGUCUUACACUUCAAAACGUAAUCCGGAAAAUUAACAUGAAAUUGGGAGGACUGAACUACGAGAUCAUUCCAGAAAUUAGCGGGCGCGAUAAAUGGAUCUCAAAUGAGAAUAUGCUGAUCGUUUCCUACGAUGUUGCUCAUCCCGGACAAGUGAAUACGAAUGAAUGCGUGAUGGUUCCCAGCGUCGUAGGCUUCUCAUUCAAUGGAGCUUCUCAUAAGGAAGGGUUUGUUGGCGAUUUUCACUAUCAGUAUCCGAAGAAGGAGCAAGUCGAAUCGGGUAUUCUCAAGAGAAGAAUGAAGUGGAUUAUCGAGAAGUUUGUGGCCAACCGCAAAAGAUAUCCUCAGAUGAUUUUGAUAAUCCGCGACGGGGUGUCGGAAGGGCAGUAUCAAAUGGUAUUGGAUGACGAACUCAACGCGAUGAGAACCGCCUGUCAAGAGGUCGUCAAUCAGAAGAACCUCAAGAACUGGUCGCCCAAGUUCGCAGUCUUGAUUGCCACAAAACGAAAUUCAGCAAGAUUCUUCAAUCGGCUCGAUAGCAAGAUCUCAAAUGUCAAGCCGCUGACUGUAAUUGAUCGGGAUAUUACGAGAGCCAAUAUCAACGAAGCGUACAUCGUGUCGGCCAACGCGUUUCAAGGCACGGCAAACGCUGUCUGUUAUCAGUUGCUUCGCAAUGAGAUCGGCUUUAAGAAUAUGGACGAGGUAGAGGCACUUAUGUUGGCGUUGAGCUACCAUCAUCAAAUUUGCGAAACUCCCAUUUCACUGCCCGAACCGGUUUAUCAAGCGGACGAGUGGGCGAAACGAGGAAACGAAAUGUGGAAUGCAUACGGUCAGAUUCUGAACAUUCCGAAAGUUGAAAAUCAAAAAUGUGCGGACUUUGAAUUAAUGACAGAAAGACUCGCAUAUUGGCAUUCUCCAAUCGGAGCAUCGCGAAUCAAUGCUUAA